AUGGUAAUGCCGAACGCAACCCGCUCGCUAUCAUCGAUCUUGCGUCAACUCACGCUCUCCACCCGCUCAACCCCCUCGAACGUCCGUCUUGCAUCAACUUCCACCUCCUCCCCCAACGGCAGUAACGACGCAUACUCUCGAGCCCGCACACCCCUCCUACCACCCAUCUCCCCCCUUCCCAGCCGUCUAAAACCCGUUUCACCAGCAUACUACACCGGUCGGCCAGCAUAUAUCGACACGCUUCUUUCUCUCGAACAACUUACACGCGAAACCAAACGUUUGCUCGAACAAUCUUAUUUACUCCCACCCAACUCGUCCGCUCCAUCCAUCUCAGCAGGUCGGGGAAACCUUUGGGUUUCUAGUGCAGGGUUGCAGAGUAUUCUAGGAACGAAUCUUAAAGCUGCGCAGUAUAGGCAGAUUAUUUCUCGGUUAGGGUUGUUAGCGAGGUAUGCUGGGUUGGUUAAUCAAUACGAAGGAGCAGUAGGGGGAGUGGGAGUGGAAGGGGUAAAGUUGGUGGAGAAAUUCAAAGAGACUCUGGAGAGAUUUAUGAAUGAUAAUGCCAAAUCCAACAAUUUGCUCGCUGAAAAGGAUACCGAUAAGGCGUUGUGGGAGAAUAGUAUGAAAAAGGUUGAUGGUAGGGGGAGGGCGUAUGCGAUGGGAAGAAGAAAGGAGUCCAGUGCUCAGGUUUGGAUUAUCCCCACUAAAGACUUGGAUUCUAUUGGAACGAUCCUUAUCAACAACAUGCCCAUUUCGGAAUACUUUACCCGAACCGCAGAGCGAGAAGUCGUUACGUGGCCCCUCAAAUUAACCUCUACGCUCGGUAGCUACAACAUCUUCGCACUAACCCGUGGCGGAGGGAAGAGCGGUCAAGCAGGCGCAAUUGCUCACGCCCUCGCAAACGCUAUCGUAGCAGAAACUGGUAGCUCGCUGCCUAUGGAAAAAGGUCUCCCAGUCAAAAAGUAUGUAAAAGAUGUCCUGGCAAAGGAUGGAGUACUGAAGAGAGAUCCAAGAAUGGUCGAGAGAAAGAAAACAGGCAAAUUGAAAGCUAGGAAAGCUUUUACCUGGGUCAAGCGUUAA